AUGUCUCCUUCCACUAUGGAAGAUCCUGAUCCCGGGUAUCCGAGUACAGACGACAUACUCAGAUUCGUUAAAACAUUAGAGAUGCCUGCCGCCGAUGGGUACAAGUUAAAUUGUGCUUCCAAAACGGCCCUUGCCAAGGCGUAUCAGGAGAUGAGCAGCAACGGUACUAUCAUCCUUCUUUAUACCCUUGCUCCUCCCCUGUUCGAGCAUAUUCGUGGGGAUCAUUAG